AUGGCUACCCUAAACACAAAACUUCCGUUAAAUACUGGUGCCAACAUCCCCGCCAUCGGAUUUGGUACAUGGCAAGACAAAGAUGAGCAAGAAGAUGCAGUCAUCAGUGCUCUCAAGGCAGGCUAUCGCCACAUCGAUACCGCUCGUGUAUAUGGAACCGAGCCUGCUGUUGGUAGAGCCAUAAAGAAAAGUGGAAUUCCACGAUCGGAGAUUUUCAUAACGACCAAGUUGUGGAACAAUAGUCACGCUCCAGAGGAUGUUGAGCCUGCAAUUGAUGCUUCGUUGAAAGAUCUGGAUACUGACUAUCUCGAUUUGUAUUUGAUGCAUUGGCCCUCCGCUUUUAAAAGUGGCGAUAGCUUGAUGCCGAAAGAUGCUAAUGGGAAAAUUCAAACAGCGGAUGUUGAUUAUGUCGACGGUAUCCACACGCAGACCUACAAGGCCAUGGAGAAGCUGCAGAAGUCUGGCAAGGCACGAGCAAUCGGUGUGUCGAAUUUUUCACAGAAACAGAUGAAUCGUCUUGUCAAAGAAGCAUCGAUCCCCCCUGCUGCCCAUCAGAUUGAGUUACACCCAUACCUCCAGCAACCAGCUUUUGUCAAGUGGCAUCAUGACAAUAGAAUCCAUGUACAGCACUACUCACCAUUUGGCAACCAAAACGAGAUCUAUAGCAAGGGUCAGCACAUGGAAAAACUGAUCAACGACCCCAUCCUAGCGGAAAUUGGAAAGAAGUACGGCAAAUCGGGAGCUCAGGUAGCAUUAGCAUGGGGAAUUCAAAGUGGAAACAGCGUUUUGCCAAAGAGUAAGACACCAAAGCGAAUUCAGGACAACAUUGAAGGGGAUUUCAAACUUGAAAAGGCAGAUGUGGAAAAAGUUGGUACUCUUGACCAAAAACUUCGCUUCAACGACCCCUCUGAAAAUUUUGGCAUGAACUUCUAUGAGGAUCUAGAUGGAAAGCAAUAG